AUGGCAGCAGUCUCCCAGAUCUGCGCUUUCCCAGGCAACCAAGAUCUCUACGGCGCCGGGAUCCGCAUCGGCUUAUACCUGCAGUGGAUAGCCACUCUCCUCGUCACAAUCUUCGAUCAGAAAGAAGAGCAAACUCUUCGUGUUGUCAACCUUCUCGUCCAGUCUGCAAUUUUCCUCGGGCUCUGCAUUAUCCCCUCACCCCAGAUUCACCCCAUCGAGCCCGUGAUCACGCUCUGGUUACUAGUAGGAGCACUUUCGAGCCUUACUGGAGAUGGACUCAGUUACUUCGCCCAUUUUUCAGGCGCCUUCCGUGUUGCGUUUUACACAGCACUUUCGACGUACUCGUGCUGGUUCUGGUUCGUCGGAAUUGAAAGCAUGUUGCAGCCAGAAUGCAAAGUCGUUGCUUUCUUUGGCGGCACUGCAAUCGAUGGCCGUUUCCGAACAUUCAGUAAAGUCGUCUCCGUCGGAAGCCUCGCAGUGUGUGUCUGUUGCUUCGGUUUCGUCUUUUGGGCAAUGUUGCAGCGAUGCAAGAACACAAAAGGAAUACAUGAGAGGAUUGGAUCCCCGGCACCACGAGUAGAGUUAUCUCUGUUGUUUCUAUCGUUGGGUCUCAUUGUCGUUUCAAUCGUCGCUAUCGAGUACCUUAUCAAAGCGAAUAGUAUUUCUGGAACGAAUGAGGUUGAGUCAGUGGGGCAGUUGAUACCACUACUUGUUGGCGCACUCGGAUGUGGGAUGAUUUGCUGGAGGAUACUCAAGAAAUUCCUUUUUCGGAGGAAGAGAUGCUGGUUCUUGUUUGGAUAUCACCUUUGACAGUGAUUAGGAG